AUGCCAACGGUGACGCGCGCGAGCGUCUGCCCGUACCGGCACUAUCCCUCGCAUUACUGUGUAACGCAGCUGCGAAACGGUCACUGCUCCUUGCACGAUGUGGGGUGCUGUCCGUGGACGCACGGCGAUCCAAGCGAAGGGAUCGGCCGGGUAAAUCCCGUCUCGACGCCGUCCGAUGCGGAUACCAACUUCAACUUUGGCCUGCAGGGCUUGUCGCCGCUGGUACCGCUGGAGUCGACGCUGGCGGAGGCGACACUGCGGCGCUCUGCAGCGAAGGUCGGCGAGCUGUUGCUGCUCUUCUUGGACAUUGUGAGUGUCAUGAUGGAGGAGGCCUCGACUAAGCAGCAGAUACGUUUUAUCCGUGAUGUCGGCGCCCUCGACAGUCAUGCGAGCGAGGCCCCACCACACUUGUCGUGCUGGUGGGAGUCACUCGCAGAGGUGGCGGGCUGCUCUUCUCCCACAACGGUGGUCAGUGAUGCGCCGACUUCCGACACCCCGGCCGGAGUGAAGGGGAGGGAGGUUGGUCUGCACUUGGAGGUCGUGCCGAAUGGGGACUCGACGGAUGACACCCGACCAUGGUGCAUGCUCUCCGUGCCGACUGAACUGGCCCGGUAUGCCCUUGCUAGCCACAGCGAGGGUGAAGCGUCUUCGUCGUUUUCAGGAGUCGACCCCAACGCCGUGGAUACAAGCCCUUUCACAGCGGAGGAGCGUGGGUAUUGGAGCAGCUACUUCACCCUCACAGCGCCAUCGCGCGGAGCUAACGAGCGUUACGCAGCGACGGGUGUCUGUCGUGACGGUCAUGGCGCGCUUCAUGACGGUGUCCCGGACCAGCCGCGCGUGAGGCUGACCCCCUGUGUCACAGCGUGGGUUUUCAAGGCGGCAGCGGCGCAACUGCGCGCCAAGAGCUGUCACGGGGCUGCUACCGACGGACUGGUAGAUGAAGCCGCAAACUCGGCGGCUCCUGCGACAAUGGCGAGCGCAUACUUCGAUCAGGCGACGCUAUACGUGCUGAAGUGGCGAAGAGCACAGCUGCAGCGAUGCCUCAUGAAGGAAAGACGCGACGUUGCACCCCCUGCAGGGACAGAGAGGUCCGUCAUUGUUGAAGCUUCGACAACACUGUCACAGGCUUCAGCAGGGAGGCACCACGAGCUGCAGCGCAAAGCUGAGUCGCCACUACGCUGGUCGCCUGUGCUGUUCUUGAAGGAUGCACUGUUGUGUACCUACCUGCUCGCGGCACAGCCAGCUCAAGCUGCACUCGAGCAGGAGAUGAUAGUCGACGAGGACGGGGUGGGUGCCAGUGCGGAACCGAGUCGAGGGAUCAAUCUCAGCCGGUGCACGACGCUGCUGGACGUCUUUCUGGGUGCCCUGUAUACCAGCGAUGAGACGGUGACCUUAAAGGGGUCCGUGUCAGCACCGUCGCGUACCGACGGUGCUCUCUUCAAUGCUGGAGGCAGUCACCCCGCAGCCCGCCUGUCCUCUUCCCCAUCUACGCAGUCGACUUUAAUGGCAGCAAAGAGCCCCACGGCGGCUUCGAUGCAAAGCUUCCGUGCGGCCUGGGACGAGGUCCACUCCGUGGUGGUGCAGCUGCACAAGGGGCUACUUGAGUGCUUCGGUGAGAGGGCCAUCACGGCAUCGGCACUUCUCUGCCUCUACACACAGCCCGCAAUGCUGCAUAUCAUCUCCUCACUCUCCAUCGGGUUCGCGCAGCGCCAUGAGGCUGACUUGCGAAGCACGGCGGGGUGGAAGCCAUGGACGGAUGUGCAGUUGUUCCUUAAGGAGCACGCUGCCGUGUACAACGCCGACACGUACGCGCGGCACCACAUGCCAGCUGUGCGGCUCGGCCUACAGAACUCUCUCCUUAACGCCUUGCUUGUCCUCACCACCCACCAUGUCGACACCGCCUUUCAGCUGCAGGAGUCCAGCGACGUGCGCCGCGUGCUUCUUUCGUCGCCUGCGGUUGACUUUGCCGUGCCAACGCGCGGGACGGCAGCACCUCCUGCGGCUUCGGAGCGACAAGCCGUCUCGUGGUGGUGCACAAUGCAGAAGGAAGCGUCUGCAUACCGACAGCAACACCUGCAGUCCAGCAUCGCCGUUUCCAUGGGCCUCUUGACUGCUCUUCAGGAACACAGUCGCGAGCAGCUCGAGACACGCGAUGCCCUCAUGCGCGAGUACGAGCAGCGCCGCUCUGCCUACGAGCGCAGCCACGAUACGCAAGGCAGCCUUUCCAACUCUCUAAGCCGCAUCGGUGCGUCGCGAGUACGCAAGUACUACGCCUUUUCAUCUCAGUCUACUGAGGAUGAACUUGCUGAGCAGCAACAGCGCCUGGAAGAGCUGCAUGGGGUGGCGCUGCUCGAUCGGCUCUUGCCGUUCGGAUCAGCCACUGUCUCCCCGGAUGCCACGGCAUCCUUGUUGCGUCAGCUGCUUGAAGGCGGCUAUUCGUACAAGGCACUGAAGCUAGCUGCCUCGAUCAUGCACGCCAGCCGGAUGUUGCGCCACGCCGACAAGCAGCCGCGGCCAUCACUUCACCAAGGCUUUCGAACGGUGCACACUCGAGUGUGGAGUCGCAGAUCCCAACGACACGUGCUUGUGAAAAAGCGCGUCCCAGUUCUGCGCUUGGUGGGUGACCUCAACGCCGACGACCCCGAAGGCGCCGAGGCGCGACCUGGAGUGCACGCACGCCGGUCAGUGCGCCCUGUCGGUCUUGCCUUCGUCAUCAACGAUCGCGUUGUGGUGGAGAUGGCGCGCAUCGGGCUGCGAAUGGGCGAGGCUGGCGCUGCGUUGGUGAACGGCGUCGUGCAGGACUGCCAGCGCGGCGCUUUACUGGACUUUACAUACCGCAGAGGACUUCCAGCACCAGUGUGGGAGGACGUCGCGGAGAUGCUGUCCAGGGCGAGACUGGCUCAGUCUCUCUCCUCCGUGGUGACCUCGACCUCGACUUCUCUCGCUACCACCGCGCGAUCGCAGCAGCUUCAUGAGCACAAAGGCCACAGUGGUGGUCGUCGUGGUGCUGAAAGGGGCGAGGCAGCCCUUUUAGUCAUCAUAGGUGUCGGUGGCGGCGAAGCUCGCCCGGGCCGCGGCGUUAACGAUGGUUGGGGCGCCGUGCAUCAGCGUAUCGCUCCCACCCCAGCACUGCUAGAAGUGCUAGAGACCCACACACACCCCUCCAGCACGGCGCAGCAUACUGCCUACCUUAAGUUGCUCCUUCAGGAUGUCACGCGCUUCUCCACGGUGCCAGUGCUGCUGGCGCUACAGUACCAGGCCUGCUUCAAACACAGCCGUUACGCAACGUUACGCACGGAUGGCCUGAGCGGCGCCGCUGCGGCGAUGCAGACCGCCUAUGUGCUGACCCUCUCGGCAACUGGGGCCGCAUUAUCGUUCCCCAAGUCCAACUGGGCCCCGUCUUUCCCCACCGCUGCUGCGACCGCUUCCGGCGGUGAUGACGCCUCUCGCUCACACCCCACCCCCGCCGAGUGCAGUCGACUGCUACAUGUACUCCAUAUCGAGGCGGAGACCCAGCGGCCAGCGGUGCAGGAGGCCAUCCUCUCCGAUGCCUCGAGCUUCCGCUGUCGCUGUGGCGCCGAGGACGAUGCUUCCUCGCCGUCAUCCCUGGCUGCGUCGCAAGCGAGCCCUUGCAUGGAGGACGUGAAGGCGCUCCUUCUGGGCACCUCGCAGGGCGGCGGCGCGUUCCGUGCAGGGAUAGGGGGAAAAGAAAAGGAAGGGGUCCCGGCAGUACCAGCAGUGCGGCGCCGGGCAAAGCUCAGCCUUGCUGUACUGCUUCAUCACCUCUGGACGUCCAGUAUCCUCACUCGGUCAACGGCGCAGCAGGCCACGUCACUCUGGGCAGUAUGCGCAGCCACGCUACUCGGCCUGGCGGAGGCCGCGUUGCGUCGUUCUCAGGGCAGCAGCGAUACGGAGAGGGGCGAGCUGGAGGCAGACAGCACCUACGCAGCCCUGGCAUUGCACCACGCCUACGUCGCGGCUGGCCCACUGCUGAGGCAAGUGUCACCACAGCAGAGCCCAUCGUACGUGGAUGCAACUGUGAAGGCACUGCUGCUUUGCCGUCCACUGGCCUAUGGCGAGGGCAGCGGCAAGGACAACAACGGCGUCGUGUACGCAGCUCACUUGAAAUCAUCCUCAGCCAUCACUCCGUCCAACACCAUACCGACCGACAACUCCAAUGCAUCUACCCGCCGCGGUGAGCACUUGCACGAUGAGUGGCCCAUGCUUCUCUCCUCUGCAAGCGCGACACGUGUCCGCUCUCUUCCCGCCUUUCUCGCUCUCCAGUGUGCCUUGUGCACUGCCGUGUACACAACGGAGCCGUGCACACUCGUCGCUGAAGCUCCGCUGCUGUUUCCGGUACCCACGCACCUUUCCUCCCUUCUCGAGGAUCUCGUGGCUGCGCGCGUCGUUCCCCCGGAGCGCGUACGCGAGUGGCCUGCGUGGAAGCUGUUCGCACCACUACUGCGACAGCCCGUGCUGGCGCAGAUGUGGCUACACGACACGCUCUUGUGCCCCUCCUCCAGCCUCUUGAUGUGGCUUGUUGGGUCUCUGAGUCGCGACGACGUGGAGGGCUACGCCAUACUGCGCGCGUGGCUAGGACAUAUCCAACCAGGACCGCGCCUGUCGCUUUCUAUGCUGCAGGUGCUACACACUGAGACGGAACACCACCAUCGCUCUGCAGUCACAUGUCGCCUUAGAAGGCACCGUCGCUGA